AUGAAUUUCAACUUAUCCGAAUUUGGAAAUUUUUCAAAGCCAGACAUGCAACCAACCCAUCAUCAUCACCGUCAAGGUAGAUUUUUAGGGCCGUUAAUAGGUUUUUUCCUGGCAAGUCUUUUCCCAAAUCUGGCUAUAGCAAAACUGCAACAAGGCUCUAUAAAAUUCCAAUACGAUCCCAUACCCAACAAUCCCAUAAUCAACAUUUAUCAAGCAACUCGAAGACCGCACAUAAAUUCAACUACUCAUCAUGAACAAUUGGAACCAAUAAUUUUCUCUCAUCAGCAUCAUCAGUUAUUAGAACCGAUUGAAGAUCAUCAUAAUUUUCCUAAUUUCGUAACAAACUUGGAAAGUCCGCAUGAUUAUUUAGUACCACCCAAGCCAGAGCAAAAAUACCUUGCAAAAAGAGCCAUUUCUUCACGCUACAACCGCUUCACAGCUACCAAUAACCGGAGACGCUUUCCAGAAUACGAUUACUACGAUUAUCCCAGAAUCAAAAAUACCAACAUCAGACGAAGAAACCAAGGAAGACGUCCUUUAUUUGACUACGAAUAUGAUUACGACUACGACUAUGGAAAAUCCAAAAAACGUAAGCAACAACAAAAAAGACGAAACAAUAAAAAUAAACAACCAAACAGAAGAGAUCCUGAUUAUUAUGAUACUGAUUACGAUGACGAUGUCGAAAGGGUUACUUCCUUCAAACCAAGACAACAGCAGCAGCAAGAUACUACCACAACACCCGCAACAACUACCAUGCAAACCACCACAAUGCCUUCUACCACAAUUAUUCAAAACGGCUCUACUCCUAGUCCUGGGAAUAAUACAUCAGGAUAUGGCUACGGUCCAUACAGUGGCAACGAAAACGUUAGCAUAACUUAUGGACCACCAUCAGCCAUCAAACCUGUUUAUGGAGUACCAGGACAAAGUUAUGGAAUUCCUGGACAAAGCUAUAGUGAAUGGGUUCCAAAUAGCUACCUCUACGAGUCUCCAAGUACUUCUUAUGUUUACCCUAGCAGCGUUACUUACGGACUACCCAGCUCGAGUUCACCUUACUCUAGCGUUUCUUAUGCCUCACCAACUUACAGUAAGCCUUCUUCAAGCUAUGGCCCUCCAAGUACUUCUUAUGGGGUUCCUAGUCAAACAUAUGGAACACCUAGUCAAAGUUAUGGGACACCUAGUCAGAGCUAUGGAACACCUAGUCAGAGUUAUGGAACACCCAGUCAGAGUUAUGGAAUACCUAGUCAGAGUUAUGGAACACCAAGUAGCCAAACGGGUUCAAGGGUUGGCUAUCAAAGUUACCAGUUGCCUUUUAGUAGUUGGUUUGGUAGGAGUGGUAGUCAAAGUCAUAGUGAUUCGGUGGGACGUAUUCAGGAUUUGUUUUGA